AUGAAUCGUUCAAUUAUUCCCCUCUUUUGUUCCUUCCUCCUCCUCUCCGCCUCCUCGGCCUCCGCCUUUAAUAUCACAAAAAUCCUUAGUCAAUAUCCCGAUUACACCAAUUUCAAUGACCUGAUAUCGAAAACUGGCUUAGCUAGUGAAAUAAACGCUAAGUCAACAAUCACACUCUUAGCAAUUCCAAAUGGUGCAAUUGGUGAUCUUACCUCGAAAUCAAACGAUGUUGUCAAGAAGAUCUUGACAACACACGUCGUUUUGGAUUACUACGACACAAUGAAACUUCAAAAAUUGAAGGACAAGACUACUAAAUUGACAACAAUGUUUCAAGAAUCUGGUAAAGCAUCAAAUGAUCAAGGAUUCUUGAAUGUUACUGCUAAAGACAAUACGUUCGUAUUUGGAUCAGCUGUUAAAGACGCUCAACGCGAUUCAAGGCUUGAGAAAUCCGUCAUGAAUCAGCCUUACAACAUCUCAAUUCUUGGAAUUUCUCAACCUAUUGUUACACCUGGUAUUGAUUCACCACUUGCACCAUCAUCAGCACCACCACCAAAGGCGAAUACACCUAAAAGUUCGCCACCAAAAGCAGAGUCCCCUGCUGAAGAAGAGGCAGAGGCACCUACAAAGGAAGAUGAAACAGAGGCCCCUGCACCCUCUAAGGAUGCCGAUUCGCCAUCCGCUGAUUCACCUCCAGCUGAUGCUCAAUCACCAUCAUCAUCAUCAGCUGAGAAAUUGAAGAUUUCUUUUGGUUUCUUUGUUCUUUUGGCAUCAAUGGUUGCAGCCUAUUAA